UGUGGAUUUAUUGCAGGGGUUACGUCUGUGUCAGGAGGCUUGGAACCCAGGAAGUCCAUGGGACAGACAGGGAGCCCAAGCUGCUUUGUGGGGCAGGCCACCAGGGGUAACGUCCCAGUCACUAUAUUUCUACUGUUGCACCCGUGUCCUGUUUUGUGUUUUCGGCUUGUGCAUAUGCAGUCUUAGGUGUUUGCAUGUGGAGGUAUUUUUAAAAUCUUGUAUUUGCAAUUCUAAGCCAUGUUUCUUUGGUUUCUCUAAUCUCAUAGUUUCCCAGUUACAGUAUUUCCAUAUUUUGUUAGUUCCUACGAAACUCUGGUUUGGUUCUUGGUCUGUCUGCUUGGAUGAUGCUAAUCUAGAUUAUGGCAAUGAUUAUGAUUUACAGCUUACUCUCUACGAUCCUAUUAACUCCUUAAUGAAGGAUGUACUCAUACAUCAUUGUAACUGUGCUUAUAAUUUUGGUAAUUGACAGUAAACUGUAAGUAUUUCAGUAAUUGGAUUCUUGCAUUCUUGAACAUUUGCAGUCCAUUUAGUUCAGGCUUAAAUGUUUACACUUUAUACUUGAAAAUUAUGUUUCUACUGUAAUACUUUACAACCAUAAUAUGAUUAAAUAGUGAUUGUAACAGAUUAUAUAUCCAAAAGUUUAUAGUCACUUGACCAUCACACUCGUAUGUGCUUGUUGAACAUCCCAUUCCAGAUUUAGUCCCCCUUUGUUGUUAUAAUAACCUCCACUUUUCUGUGAAGGCUUUCCCUGUAGAUUUUGGAGUGUGGCUGUGGGGAUUUGUGUUCAUUCAUCCACAAGAGCCUUAGUGAGAUCAGGCACUGACAUUAUGUGAUUAGGCCUGGAGUGCAGUCUGCAUUCCAGUUUAUCCCAAAGGUGUUCAGUGGGGUUGAGGUUAGGGCUCUGUGCAGGACACUCGAGUUCUUCUACUCCAACCUUGGCAAACCAUGUCUUCAUGGACUCACAUUGUCAUGCUGGAACAGGUUUGGGCCCUUUAGUUCCAGUGAAGGGAAAUGACUAUGUAAGGAAUAAAACAUUUCAGGGCAUGCUGUUAUAGAAAAACAAUCAAUAACAGGGAGGUGUGAUGCCAUUAUGUGGCGGCUGUGGCUCAGGUGGUAGAGCGGGUUGUCCGCUAAUCAUAGGGUUGGUGGUUUGAUUCCCGGCCCGCGUGACUCCACAUGCCGAAGUGUCCUUGGGCAAGACACUGAACCCCAAGUUGCUCCUGAUGGCAAGGUAGUGCCUUGCAUGGCAGCUCUGCUACCAUUGGUGUGUGAGUGUGUGUGUGAAUGGGUGAAUGAGACACAGUGUAAAGCGCUUUGGAUAAAAGCGCUACAUAAGUGUGCCAUUUACCAUUACCACACUGAUGUUGGUUAUGUUCCUGUAGCAUUUGCCAACACAUUUUUAUCUAUUAAAGAAGGAUGCAAAACUUUUUGUCCAUGCAUGGUUGCAUUUAAUGUUAUGGAAUAUCCAUGAGGCCAAUUAGUUCCUGCUAUUACUUUAUUGCAGUUGUUAUAUAUAUAACAGUUGCUCCUGCACCAGAUGUUUUUUUUGUCUUUUGUCUCUCUCUUGAAGUUAAUAAAAAAAAAAACAACUUGUCAUGUUGCUGCAACAACAAACCGCAAAGCUCAAAGCCAUCCAUCGUGAAGACUUUUCUUGUUAGACUUACAGUUAUAGUUUUACCUCUCAUGGAGACUCUCCUCGCAGAAAACUUCACCAUAUCGACAAUUUGUCAAUUUUUUUUAUCUGUUUAUGUGGAACGUCCUCCAUACAAGUCCCUGUGUAAGCUGUUACUAUGGAAACGAUAACAUAUUAGAAUGAGCACAUUCAUAUAAUCCUGUUAUUUUAAUUGCAGCUGGCAAUGUCUGAGCUGAUGUUAUAGAAAAUUAAUCAGGAACUUCUGACAAAUUAGGAUGGUGAAUUCAAUAGCACAUAACAAAUAUCAUGUAUUACAUGUUAUACGUAUAUGUAUACGUGUAUAUUUACAUUUAUUCAUUUAGCAGACGUUUUUAUCCAAAGUGACUUACAAAUGAGGAAUAAAAUUAUAGCAUUAUAUCUCAUACUAAAUUGUUUCAGAAAUUAAAACAAAAUCUAAGAUAAAACAAAGGCAACCUGAGUAAACACAAAAUACAGUUUUUAAAUGGUAAUGUUAUUUAAUGAAGCAAAAAAAGUUAUCCAAUAACAACUGGACCUGUGUGAAAAUGUAUUUGACCCGUAGUUACUAAUUCCCCAAAUCUAUGUCUGCAUUCAUAAUAGGGUUCAGCUGGACUAGAAGCAACCAGGUCUGAUUAUUGCAAACCCUGUUCAAUCAAAUACAAACUUAUUAGAACUUUUUCAACAGCAUGAAGUUGGUUAAAAGGUCUUAACCAGUAACACACUAUGCCAAAGUUGAAAGAAAUUCCAGAAAUGAUGAGGAAGAAGGUGAUUGAAAUACAUCAGUCUGGGAAGUUACAAAGCUAUUUCAAAGGCUCUGGGACUCCAAAGAACCAUAGCGAGAGCCAUCAUCUCCAACUGGAAAAACUUGGCACAGUAGUGAACCUUCUCAGAAGUGGCCGACCUUCCAAAUUCCUCCAAGAGCACAGCAACUACUCAUCCAGCAAGUCACAAAAGGGCCAAGGACAACAUCAAAGGAACUACAGGCCUCUCUUGCAUCAAUAAAGGUCACUGUUCAUGACUCCACUAUCAGAAAGACACUGGGCAAAAAUGGCAUCGAUGAAAGAGUGGCGAGGCAAAAACCACUGCUAAUCCAGAAGAACGUUAAAGCUCAUCUGAAUUUUGCAAAAACAUACAUGAUGAUUCUCAAACCUUUUGGGAGAAUGUUCUAUGGACUGAUAAGUUGAAAGUGGAACUGUUUGGAAGACAGGGGUCCCGUUAUAUCUAGCAUAAACCAAACACAGAAUUCCACAAAAAGAACAUCAAGCAUGGUAAUGGCAGUGUAAUAGUGUGGGGAUGCUUUUGCUGCUUCAGGGCCUGGGCAACUUGCAGUAAUUGAGGGAAACUUUUGAGGGAAAUUCUGCUCUCUACCAGAAAAUCUUAAAGGAGAAUGUCUGAUCUUCUCUAACUAUUUAGGAAGAGAUAUACAGAAAAGCAGCAGGAAUCAGGAUACUUUUUAGAAAGCAAAUACUUUUUCACAGCACUGUAUAUAAGUAAUUGUUUCGUUAAUUGUUGUACUGUUUUAUGAAAAACAACUAGAGAUAACUCAAGAAUAACAAGCACAGUCAUAAAGAUUUAUGAAUAUCCUAACUUAUGAAAAUAUGAAAGAUUCAUAUUAAUAUAUGAAACUGUUUGCAAUAAAGAUGCUAAGUGAUAACAGUGGUGUGUGGUUGAGAAGAACGCCGUUUGCUGUUUACAUUGUUCCUUUUCUGUCUGCUUCCCUUUUCAUCAAAAAAUAAUUGCAGAAGUAAUGAGAGCAAAGCAUCAGGCAGGACGAGUGUAGCAAUCAUCUGGUGAGUUUCCUGGUGGUGUCUGACUCUUCUUCUCAGAAUAAACUCCUGUGUGUGUCUGUCAAUGACCAAGGCAAAAAAGUACAAGACUUUCCCAUCAUACACACUGGCUCAGCGCCUGAAUACAUCUCUACUGGCCUUCUCUGACCUCCUGCAACUGGUGAUCUUCUACACUUUAAGCAGGGAUGUGUUGCCUUUGUGUUUGUCGAUUCCUUCAUGGGUGUGGGGUUUAACUAAACAACCAGAGCAUCUUGUUUCACAACUCGGUCCAAAGGCCUGGCUUUGUCCCUCAUCAGAUCUGCUACCAGACACAAUGAGUCCAGGAACACCAGACACUCAGGACACUGUAAUGUGUACCAUACAAUUAACAGCAGCCAAUGGUGCACUCUGCUUUAUCAACCCUCUGUAUCUCCGAGAGCAUGGAGAUGAUUGGCUGACACAUUCCUCGGUCAACCCAAAUCUCCUCAAUCGCUCCUUCCAUUCCAAGCGAGACAGGCGGCUGAGUGCAGCAAGAGCUUGGUCAGGGGCGGGGCUUAAGAAGCGAACCGAGUCAGUGGAAGAUUCAUCUGCCAGUUUGGACAGCUCAGCAGGUUCUCUUGUUCAGAACCCGGUUUCCCCGGUGACUACAACUGGAGUGAUUUUGCGCAGAGCAAGCAGCUCCGGUACAUCAGAUCCUCAAAAGAGGGAGAGUUCGGAUUCAAUCAGCAGCCCCAUCCCUCAGUCUCCGCACCGAGUGUCUUGGGUUGAGGAUAAACUAUGGAUGAAUCCACCUGCUCCUUCCUCCCUGCUCCACCCUCCUUGCCUAGAAUUUGAUUCUCUGUCAAUUAGCAGCAUAGAAGAGGAGCCUGAUCCUGAGCCAUCUGUAAGCCCUUUCCAAGUACCAAACUCACCACGCCUCCCACUGGCUGACAAGGUUAAGAACAGACUUUCAGCAGUUGGCCAGGCUCUAGGUGGCUUAAUGAAUCCACAGAAACGACUGAGUAAGCGUGUGCAGGAAAUGAGCGAACGUAAGGGCGGUUCCUUUGCAGAGGCUCUAAGGGGAUUUGUGGAGCAGACUCUGAAAAUGAGACCUGUUUGUGGUGUGACAAGUACAGAGAUGCUGCAGGAAGUGCGCUCCUCCCUGACGGCUCUGAGGGAAAUGUUGUACGACUCUGCUGAAAUCCAAAGUAUCGUAGACUCCCUGGGAGAUGUGCCUGAUUUUGAGCUGGAUGUCAUGCUAGAGCAAGCCUUACAUAAAGUGGCCCUGAAGCCGUUGUAUUCCCAUUUGUACGAGUGGAUGAGGACGGCUCGGCAGAACGAUGGCAGUCUGCAGCAGCUGCAAGCAAACAAGCACACGCUGAAGGACCGAAGCCUAGAGGAGCUGGAGGGGACAGCGGGUGCAGGUGUGCCUGAUGCUGCCAUGCUGGAGAAGAUCCAGCAACGCUGGGCUACCAUGCACCAACAAUACUCACCCCAAAAUAAGGUGGACAUGCUGCUCAAAGUCUGCAAAAACAUUUACCACAGCAUGACUGUCAACGCCAAGCCUGGUGUGGUUUUCGGAGCAGAUGACUUCCUGCCCUGUCUGACGUGGGUGUUACUUCGCAGCGAUGUUGUUACUCUGCAAAUAGACACGGACUACAUGAUGGAGCUGCUGGACCCUUCUCAGUUACAGGGAGAAGGUGGAUAUUACCUGACGUCCCUCUAUGCCUCCUUGUUCUACAUUAGCAGCUUUCGGUCUCGUUUGGUGACACGCCAGCUGAGCGCCGAAGCCCAGGAGUCCCUCAGCCAAUGGCGUCGCAGACGCACGCUCCACUGCAACCAAUCACGGCGCAGCAAGAACCGCAGGACCAUCAGGAGGCACAGAAGUAGUGAAAGAGUCGACGAGGACUCAGAGGAAGUGAAUGCAAGUGCAUCCAAAGAAAGAGAAGGACACUGGACUCAUGUUGGUGAUGUGACAGAGACACUGCAGAGUUUGACUGAGAUUUCUGGAGAGGAAAAAGAAGAGGAGCAAAAUGGAAAAUCAGAGGAUUAAUAGCAAAAACAAAACCUCUGAGGCUGAGUAAUAGAGGAAUAAUAUUAACAUUAAAACUGCCCUGCACUUUUGCCUUAACAGUUUGUGAAAAACUUACCAGAAAUGUGGACAAUCCCCCCGUCCAAAACUACACAAUUCUUGGUCUUGGGGUUCUUAUUUCUUAUUGUGUGUCCCAAUAUCACAAUUUAUUGAGACCUUAAUGCGUCUUUUGGUGAAGUCUACAGACUUAAUGCUGUGUAAUAUAUUCAAAUGUGUCUUAAAGUGUCUUAAUUUAAUUUGUAGCAGCAAUAGAGUCAGAACUAAUCAAAAAGCUGAAUAAACCAAGCACAAUUGAUUACCGAUUUCCAUCUACAGUCUGUAUCAUUUGAAAAGGAGCUACAGCAUAGGAUACAUAGGAUUUUACCACGAUGCAUCACAGAAUUUAAACCCAUGCACUAUAGACGAUGGUGCACUACAGAGGAGGAUCACAUGACUAAAUUCACCACCAACUAUUUUAGUCUGCGCAAUUAAAGCCACAUCUAAUGUAAUUUCCUGUUGAAGUUUGAACACAUCCGGGAUUAGAUGUAACUGAAUUGCUCUAUCUUCCUUUAAGGCACGCAACUUACUAGUUGGGGUGGGGGUGAUUUUAGAAGGUGAUAAUGCAAAGAAAAUGCAAUAUAAUGAGGUAGGUGGGAAAAUAAUGGCGAGAAACCAAACUUAACCUAAUCCUAAGAAAACUAAUUGAUAGCAUUCUAUUGAUAGUUCUAUUCCUUGAGAUAAGAAAUUGCUCUGGAUAAAUGGAAACAUUUUAUAGCAUUGUAUUUGUUUAUACAAGUAGGCUACACUUUUUUCAUUAUAAAUACAUGUAUACUGUAUAAGUCUAUUAGGUAGAAUUGCAGAUUUAUUAGGAUUUUCCAAUACAGACUAAAUAAUAAAUAAGGGUUGCUUUUUUCAACAGUCUAAUUGAAAUAAAUCUGAUAUGUGAUCACUGCUGUGUAAUUCGUUGUACACUGUUCCAUGUAAUACUGGAAUCAAUAGUAACAUAGCAGUACUGAAACUGUUUAAAUUUCAUAGAUCAGACUUGUAUAUAUCCCAAGUCUUCACUUCAGGCACCAAAUUCUUAGUUAGACACAGAAAUGUAUGAGAUAGUGGAGACAGAUGAGCAUCCCUGGCCCAAUUCACUUUUAAAUGCUUUGACAGAAACUGUGUGAUUAUGGUCUGAAAAUGAUGCAAGCCAAAAACCUGUGGAGAUAUCUGCAUUUCACAGCUCAACAUCUAACUUGUGGAUAGAUCUACAUGCUAUUUAUUAGUAAGCAGAGUGAGCUAGACUAGCUAGCUAGAUAUUUGGAUGUUUUACAACAUGAAAGCGUUGUAUUAAAGUUUCAAUAUUCCAUAGCAAUUGCCUGUCGUGUAUCUAUCUAAGUGCUGCUAAUGUAUCAACUGCAAGUGCUGCUACAGCCUAAAAUAUGUAUUAAUUCGAAUGAGCUAGCUAACGGACCUAGCAAGUUACUGAAACCCAAACAGUACUUUGGCUUAGUUAGUUAGCCAGCUAGUGAACUGACUUGUUGAGUUAACAUAAAAGCAGAAUAGAUAUAGUUUUCACUUCAGAGUAGCUCAGUUGUUUAGUUAGCAUGAAGACAUUUUCAGUUGCAUCAGUUGUAUACAUAUAUAACGUAAUUUGUAAUUACUCAUGUAGUUUUUCACCAGAUGACUGAUUUACUUGAGAAAAUCCACUUUUACUCAAGUGAAUUAUUACUACAGUAGCAGUAUAUUAACUCGUCAGUGUGUUCUAUAGUCUUUCCGUCACUGAUUACACUUUUUAAACACAUUUUCUUCUUUAUUAAAACAACAACAACAACAACAGCAACAAAAACCUCAUUAUUUAUUUUUUUUGGUUUUGUUUUGUUUUUAAAAAAUUAAACACGGCUGAAAAUUUAAACCACCAGGGGGCA